CAAAUUUUUUGGUUCAAAUCAAAACGAAUAACGAAUCGAAUCAAAAUUUAUGAAUAUUUUGCUCAACUUUAUCCGUAAACAAUAAAAAUAAUAUAUAUAUAUAUAUAUAUAUAUAUAUUUUGGCUUUUGAUUCGUUAUCUAUUUUUAUUUGAACCAAAAAAAUUCAGAUUUUUAUUGGAACAAUGUAUGUGAGUUUUAUAUUAAAAAAAUACAAAUACAUAGUAUGAACGCGUUAGCAUUCUUAUUAUCAAAUCGUUGUGAGGUUGCCACACAUCUAUUAUAGUGUGAAUGCAUUUAUUACAAUGAUUUUCUUUUAAUAUAUUGUAUAAGGGAUUUUGGGCAAUAUUUUAUAAAUAUGCAAAUAAAUAAAUAAAGAAACAACAUACUUGGAAAUGUAUUAAAUUAAUAAUUAUCCAGAACUCACUAUUCUAAAGAAGUUUUGCAUUUGAAGUAAACUAAUAUUGUAUACUUUAAAUUACUAUAAAACGAGAUAUAGACACUUAUUAUACUACACACACCAUCAUGCAUUGUUCCCAUAGGCAGUCAAAUUUGUUAAAAUUGUUAAAAGCAUUAGAAAGAAAGAAAUAACUUUCUUCUCUCUCACACAACUUAUGUAUCUAUACAUAAGAAAUCCUCCUCAGCUUCAUUUCAUCUUCCAAUUAUUGAGUCGUGGCUUAGUCAGAAUGCAUUCCUUCUAAUGCUAUUCUACCCAUAAAACAAAAUCAAAUUCAAUGUAUUCUGUUUACUCUAAAUUUUAGAGAUCGGUCAUACGGUAAAAGACAGUCUUCUUCGUCUUUUGAGGUCGUAGCUUUCUUGAGUUCAUUGUGGUCAUCACCCGAGAUGGAAGUUCUUGAGAAUGCUAAGAAUCCUAAUAACUCACCGGAGAGAAAACGUGGAGGCUGGAUAUCCAUCUCGUUCAUCCUUGGAAAUGAGACGCUGGAGAGGAUGGGAACGAUUGGGUUAUCGGCGAAUUUCAUGGCGUAUUUAACCAAUGUGUUCCACAUGAAGCUAGUGGACGCUUCCAACGUUUUCAACUUGUGGUUAGGUCUCAGCAAUUUGGCUCCACUCCUCGGUGCAAUAAUCUCUGACGCCUACGCUGGCCGCUUCAAGACCAUCGCUUACGCCUCCUUUUUCUCCCUUCUCGGACUAAUGACAGUGACACUCACUGCCUGGCUGCAUCAACUCCACCCACCAGAAUGCAACAUCCACCGUCCAGAUAGUUGCGACCGUCCAAACAAACUCCAGCUCGGAGUAUUGUUCCUUGGUCUCAGCUUCCUCUCCAUCGGCAGCGGUGGAAUACGACCUUGUAGCAUCCCUUUCGGAGUGGACCAAUUUGACCAACGAACCGAGAAAGGCCUCAAAGGAAUGGCCAGUUACUUCAAUUGGUACUACUUAACUUUCUCCAUCGUUCUCAUCGUUUCGCAUACCGUCAUUGUGUACAUACAGGACAACAUCAGCUGGACCGUUGGGUUUAGCAUUCCGACCGGUUUAAUGGCUUGCUCGAUCGUUUUGUUCUUUGUUGGUACGCGAUUUUACGUGUAUGUCAAACCGGAAGGGAGUGCAUUCUCUAGUAUUGCUCGAGUCAUUUUAGCGGCUCAUAAGAAACGGAACCUCAAGCUUCCAGUGGAGGAUGAUGGAACGGUGGAGUAUUAUGACCCACCACUUAAACCUGGAGUGUUAUCCAAGUUACCACUCACCAACCAAUACAAGUUCCUAGACAAAGCGGCGGUGAUCACAGAGGGUGAUCUGACAUCCGCUGGAGUUCCGGUGAAUAAGUGGAGGCUAUGUAGCGUUCAAGAAGUUGAAGAGGUCAAGUGUUUGAUCAGAAUCAUUCCGGUUUGGUCUGCUGGAAUAAUCUCCGUUGUUACAAUGUCCACACAAGUAACUUUCAUCGUCCCUCAAGCUAUGAAAAUGGAUCGACACAUGGGUCCUCACUUUGAGAUCCCGGCAGGUUCCGUGUCCGUCAUCUCUUUCAUUACAAUAGGCAUUUGGUUGCCUAUCUACGACCGCGUCCUAGUCCCUUCCCUGUGGCGAAUUCGCAAGUUCAGGGUCACGCUUCUGCAGCGGAUGGGGAUAGGGAUCGUCUUCGGCAUCGUGUCCAUGUUCACUGCGGCGAUAGUGGAAAGAGUGAGGCGAACACAGGCUUUGAAAAUGACGCAGGUGUCGGUGUUUUGGUUGGCGUGGCAGCUGGUUCUGAUGGGACUCUCCGAGUCGUUCAACUACAUUGGACAGAUCGAGUUCUUCAACAGUCAGUUCCCUGAACACAUGAGAAGCCUUGCGAACUCGCUGUUUCCGCUCUCCUUUGCCGCAUCUCACUACUUAACUAGUCUGCUGGUGACGACGGUGCAUAAGUUCUCAGGUGGAAAAGACAAGCCGGACUGGCUGGACAAUGACCUUAAUAAGGGGAGGCUGGAUUACCUCUACUAUAUGAUUGCUGGUUUGGGUGUUGUUAACCUUGUCUACUUCUGGUACUGUGCUCGAAGCUACCAGUACAAGGCCGGUUCACAGAUUGAAGAUUUGGCAGAGGAGAAAUCUCUGGUUGACUAGAAUGAAACCACAUGCAUGAUCAGUUUACAAGCUAAGAUCCAUAUGCUAAUUGUUUGUGAUAUUUGUAUGAAUAUGUAACUCUCUAUGCUUGGCUAUCUAAACUGGCUCUCAUUGAAAGAAAAAAAGAGAUUAUUACUUCA